CUGACGCGACCAAAACAGACAUGGCGGCUGAGGUAAUAACAUCGAAGCUUAUGUGAGUUUUUCUUCGUCUCUCCUGUUUACGCCGGUCGAUUUUUACGGUUUAACACUUUUUAAAACCGUAUUUCUGAGCUGAUGAAACGUUUCCGGAUCAUUCUCUGAUCGGAGAGAAGAAAACUACACAGAGGAAAUGAAACGGAAGUGUGCGUCUCUCGUUUGAAACAAAACAUCCGCCUCUUGUAACGCGUGUGUUUGUUGUGUGAGCUCGUCGUGUUCGCCGAGCAGAUGGAUAGAACAUGAAAAAGAAGGCAUCUUGUGGUGAAACGAAGCGGGGAAUGUCUGAUGGUUUCGGCUAACGCACCGGACGAGCUGACGGCCUGAACAAGAUGUAACACCCGAGAGUCUCAGUUCGUAAACAGACUUUACUGCGGAGACAAGCUGAGGGAACAGGGAAGCAGCAGAGAGGGCAGCAUGGGUCUGGUGAACUUUGUCCUCUCCACGGUUGGAAAAUGUCUGGACGCCGUCUGUCUCCUCCUGGACCUGAACUUCGUCGUCGUCCACACCGUGGUGCGGAGUGUGCUGGCGGUGGUCGCCUUCAUCACCAGCCUGCCCACCCUCCUCCUCACCUCAGUGCUGGAGCUGGGCAACUUCCUCGUCUUUUGCCUGAUGUCCGCGGCAGAGGCGACCACCAACGCGGCCCAGGGCACCGUCACCAUGCUGGGGAGCCUGGUGCUGGCCCUGGAGGGGCUGCUGGAGAGCCUGAAGAUGGUGGGUUACCUGUCCAUGCACGUCCUCCUCCGCGGGAAGGAGCACCUGUGUCGGGGUCUUCUGUCCAUGCUGGAGGGCUGCGGCAUCGCUGUCAGCCUGGUGGUCUAUUUCACCAACACCGUGGUAAACUACGCGCUCAUCGCCACUCAGAACGUGUACCUGGCUGUGGCCGGUGUGUGGCAGACGGUCUCCAGCCCCCUGCAGAAGGUGCUGGAGCUGACGCUGACCUCCUUCACCUUUCUGUACAGCAGCCUGGCUGGGACGUCAGCGUUCCUGUGGUGGCCCUGCAAGCUGGUGUUGGACUUUCUGGUUUCUCUGGUGCACAUGUUCAUCAGCAUCUUCAUACUAAACAUCUACGGCCUCCUGCUCACGGUCACCAUCGCUCUGACUACCACAGUCUACCUGAACCCGCAGCUGACCCGACAGGCUGCAGCACAAACUCUGGAUUACAUCAACUCUUUUCCUUCUCUGCGCAGACUGCAUUUUGCUCUCCGCCGCCUUGCUUCAGCCGCGCGGGGCCUCCCACAUUUGCUGCGUGGUAACAUGCGGCGUCUGCGAAGGAUUCUCCAUCACCUCUACCUGCUGGAGACACGACUCUGGCAGCAGCUGUCUCGACACAGCAGCCAAAUAGGCCUGGCGCUGAGGACACACCUCCACAGGGACCACAACAACAGAGUGCGAGGGGACGGCAACCCCGAAGAGGAGCGGCGGGGCCCGCCAGACGGAAGAGCGGGGGACGGGGCCCACCAAGAGCUGCUGGAUUUAGUGUUCCCCUCCUCCAGUACAGACAGGCCACUGAAGAAGGCGUCGUCUCCAGGCAGUGGCAGCAAACCUCUGCCUGCUGACAAUCUGCUGACUCUGCUGAAGGAGCAGGAGGACAGGAAGAAGUGUGUGAUCUGUCAGGACUGCACCAAGACGGUGGUACUGCUGCCGUGCAGACACCUCUGCUUGUGUAGAGGCUGUACAAACAUCCUGCUGAUUCAACCCAUCUACCAACAGAACUGUCCGCUGUGUCGCCACAUGAUCCUCAACACUAUGGACGUCUAUCUAUGAGGGACCAGUGGAUCUAAAGGAGCCUGACAAUCAGUAUCUCUGCUUCAAGUUUUACCACCACUGAAAUGAUGUUGUAUGACUUUUGUUUUACUGGGUUUCCUUUAAAUAUACAUCUGGUGAUAUUCUAAAUGAAUAUUUUUUUUUUGCUGUCAAUAAAUCCCAUGAGCAAGACAAUGAAUCUUCGCAGACAGCUCAUACAUGUAUUGUUUUAUUUUUUGAUGUUAAAAAACACUUGGCUCUGUGGUUUUUGGGGAAUUGAGUAAAGAAAAUACUUGUUAGUGGAUCACUUUGUCGAGGGCUCUGGAUUAAUUGGGAUUUACUGAUUAUAAAAAAUAGAGAAUAUCAGCAGACGUAUCUCCUAAAUAUCUGGUUUCAGAUCUGUGUGGUCGGUUCAGAUGAGAAAUACUGAAGUAAACGUGCGAACAGGAAAUUAUAUAAUACUUACGCCCUCGGAUGCUGUGGAUGAUAAAAUGCCACAACCAAAUAGAGACGAGGGUUGAAGUGUAAUUAUUUCCAUUGUCGAUGAAUCUGCUGAUUAUUUUCCAGAUUAAUCACUGAAAUGUAUGAAACAUCAAAAAGUUGUCAAAAACACAACGUUCCAGAGCCCAAAGCAAUGUCCUGAAAAACCUGUUUGUGGACUGUUGAUUUAUGCAAACAACAGUCGUCAAUAGAUUCCCACCACGUGAUUAAAAAAAACAUAGAUUUGUGAAUUUUUUGUGUGAAGCUGAAAUCAGAAAAUAUUGGGCAAAAAAACUGAAAGUUAAUCCACUAGCAACAUAUCUGCAGCUUAAUUUUAUUUAUGUUAAGUGAUUAAUUGAGAAAACGUUGUGGCUCUGAAAGAGACGGCAAAAUGUUUAACGGGACUGUUUCACCACUAUUUUUUUUCCCCGUUACUUGUGCAUUCAACUGUGGGAUAAUAAAAUGAGUUUUGUAUUUGUACUGAUUGUUUCAAAUAUACUUAAUUUUGUUGCUUUUCAAGUGUGAACACUUCCUGUAAUCUGGAUGUGCGUUACAGCUACAGUCUGUUUUGCCACUGUGAUGAACCCGCUCAAAAAUGAUCCUGUGUCGCCACGCUGAGUCUCAGGUCUCGUAGCCACAGUAACCCGUAAGUGCCCCCCCGAUGCUGAAAUGUCUACCGCUGCUCCUGUCUUAAAAAACGCGCUUUUAAUAGACCAAGCUGUGAAUAUAAACACAUGCAUGAGUAUACGAGUGAUUACACACCAUGACUUUUUGUUGCAGUGGAAGCUUUUACCAUUUCACUAUACUUCUGUAAAUGUUUGCGCUGCAUGGAGCCAUGUAAGAGUUAAAAAAGGGUUUCUGGAUUUGGGGAAAGCCAUUUAUAAUUGUUCAGUCAGUGACAGUAAAAUACAGCUUUAUACGAUUUACGUUCUAUUGAUAGAACUUAUUCCAGUCCUGCAUCAGAGGCCGGUUACAGUCACCACCCACACAUGAUCCAUAAAAGGUUUUCUCUUUCCUCUACCAGGACCAUAAACUAAUAAGCAUUCACAAUUUCAUUUGUUUUCUCAUCUGUAGCUGUUGAAGCUGACGUGUUGUCAUUGAUCGGUGUUUAAAGGGCAAUGAUGCCACUUGAUGUGUUAUCAUUGAAGUUGGGUGGUGUGGAGUCAGAUCUGUGGGAGAAGGGCUGUUUGUAACAUGCCCUCAUUUGCUUUUUGAACCGUUUUAUUUUUUUAUUUUUAUAAUUUGUAUGAUUAGAAGAAAUGUGAUUUCUGCAUUAUUUUUGUGACAGGAGCCAUGACAUACAUUUUACUGACAUUACUAUGUUUCUUUAGUACCUUACACAGAAAUCAUUAAUGAGAGUGACUGAGUGUUUGAUGAGGUUGCAAAAGAUUUGUGGGGACCAGACUGUAGUCAGAUCUCUCUCAGGUAUUCCUUUAAUGCUAAUGUACAGCAUUCCCUAACUAAAGAUUGCAGUGGAGUGAAACCGCUCACAUGACCAUCAUCUGCUGCUUCCUGCAGUAAUGAUGACACAGUGUGGGACGAUGCGAUUUGAAGAAUGUAAUUUGUGUGGUUUUUUUAAUGCUGUGGCUGCCACAUAGUGAUAAGUCAUAUGUUCAUAAUAAAACAACAGUCAAGACUG